CUGACUGGUUCAGUUGAGUGGUUUGGUGUUCAGACAAAGUGACUCUGCUAGCUGUUGCUAUGGGGUUCCUCCUCAGAUGGUUGCUGAUGUCCUUGGCUGUUGGGGGAAAUCAAGCAAAUUUUCGCGUUAUUAGAUCUACUGAGGAGUAUGGAGAUGAUGUGCCAGUUGCAGGCUAUCGCCCAGAUUCAAGUGGCUUCAACAUUGGAGACUGGUCUUCAUCUAGCGCUUGGCCGCACGGUAUUGCUUCAACCUCAAAUGCAUACAAGCCACAGAUGACUGUGUACGAUCAAAAGCCUCAACUAAAGAACUACAAACCUAAGCAGCUUCAACUACAGAACUACAAACCACAGCAGCUUCAACUACAGAACUACAAACCUCAGCAGCUUCAACUACAGAACUACAAACCUCAGCAGCCGGAUCGACUGUUGCCCCAGCAACCUAGCUACCCUCCCAAGCAGCCGGAUCGACUGUUGCCCCAGCAACCUAGCUACCCUCCCAAGCAGCCAAAGCGACUGUUGCCCCAGCAACCUAGCUACCCUCCCAAGCAGCAGGAGCCUCAGUUGCCCCAGCAGCCAAGCUACCCUCCCCAGAAGCCUCAGUUGCCCCAGCAGCCAAGCUACCCUCCCCAGAAGCCUCAGUUGCCCCAGCAGCCAAGCUACCCUCCCCAGCAUCCGGAGCCUCAGUUGCCCCAGCAGCCAAGCUACCCUCCCAAGCAACCAGAGCUUCAGUUGCCCCAGCAGCCAAGCUACCCUCCCCAGAAGCGUCUGUUGCCCCAGCCGCCUAGCUACCCUUCCCAGCAGCCAAGCUACCCUCCCCAGAAGCCUCAGUUGCCCCAGCAGCCAAGCUACCCUCCCCAGCAACCGGAGCUUCAGUUGCCCCAGCAGCCAAGCUACCCUCCCCAGAAGCCUCAGUUGCCCCAGCAGCCAAGCUACCCUCCCCAGCAUCCGGAGCCUCAGUUGCCCCAGCAGCCAAGCUACCCUCCCAAGCAACCAGA